AUGAAGCAGCAACUACUAGCCCAGGCAGCAUUAAUUGACAUGUUGUUGAAAGGGCAAGUCCUUGGGAGGACUUUGGGUGAGAUUAGCCCUAGUCAGAAAGAUAGUUGCACAGUCCCCUCAAAAAAACUACCUGAGGAUGAGAACGAUUGCAAUUGUUUGGAAAACACUCCUAAACGUAGAGUGGUUGCAAUAAGGCGUGUGUACAACAUUCCCGAGGACACAAUCCAUAAUCAUUCCCUCUCGCCCGACUGUGUUAGAGUUUCUCUACUUGUUGCCAUUGACCCCAACUAUCCAUUACCUGUUCCUACUGAUGAGGCACAGACAGUGGGGGAAGCAGUAGGGAGCUUCAUUGCAUGGCCUAGCCACCUUAUAAUAGUGCUGAGAGGAAAGAGCAAGCUAAAAAGUAAGUUGGGCCAUACCAAAGAGUCAGCCACAGUUUUGCAAUAUCCAACAGCACCAGUGCCAGCUGUAGAAUACAAAUACCAUGCCUCUCUUGAGACAUAUGCGAUGGCUAUGAUGAUGGCUCGUCAAGUUGCGAUUGGGGAUAUCAUUUGUUUUGAUAAUGGGCUAUAUGGAAGAUCGGGCUUGUUUGAAGUUGUUCGGAAUGAAAUUUUAAAUGAAAUUAUUAAGCACAAAAUGGCCAAUACUAGUCUGAUGAGCUUCUACAUGAGAGCUAUGGUCUUGUAUCGUACUAUGACCAACAAGACCUUGUCCCCUAGCUUAAGGGUAUCGGACUCUUGUGAGACAUGGGUCACAGUUAAGUACUUCGAGGAUGCCUACUGUAUUCAGUAUGCAGCUGCACAUAUAGAGGAAAUCCUUGAAGAGGUAGCUCAGGUCGUGUUUAACAUGUAG